AUCGGACGCAGACCGGGAAAAACAGCGACGGCAAAAGAGGGUUAUUAGGGCAAACGAAGAUGAAGCUCAACGUACAAAUCGCCUAUCGCACCAAAGAGAACGUUCAGAAUCAUCUCGUGCCAAUGAAAAUGAAGCUCAACGUGCAAAUCGCCUAUUGUACAAAAGAGAACGUUCAGAAUCAUCUCGUGCCAAUGAAGAUGAAGCUCAACGUGCAAAUCGCCUAUUGUACAAAAGAGAACGUUCAGAAUCAUCUCGUGCCAAUGAAGAUGAGAUGCAACGUUCAAACCGACGUUUGGAUAAAAAACAACGUUCCAGAAGAUCGAGAGCUAGUGAAACACAAACGCAACGCUCAAGCCGACUGAUGAAUAACAAAACACGUACUGCUGAAGCUCGCCUUAACCAAUGUGCUGAAUCAAGAGCAGUGCGCAUUAGAAAAGUUAGUCAAAAUCGUCGGCAACGCAACACAGAGAAAAAGUCCACCGCACUGAAACAGCACUGGCCAUCGGCUAUACCAAUGGAAAUUAAAGUUAAAUGUCUGGAAAAUUUCUAUGAUAAGAU